UUAAAUCUGGAGUGCCAGAGUACGCUCUUGGCGUUCGUAAAUUCUGGAGCAUUGUCAGAUUGUCCUUUUGUAAAUUCAGAGCGCACACUGGACGCUCAGGCGGAGGAAUCAAGCACCACGCUAAUUGGCUAGCUACUUCCAGACACAAAUGAGAACAUCUGUGUCCAUUUUAGUCGUCCGAGCAGAGCUGUUUCGGCUCUUUUCAUGUUAUCCAGAACGCUAUGCCAAUGAGGUGGGGGAGGCCUUCCGUGCCCUGGCGCCAGUGAGCGCUGUAUGGGCCACACGUGCGGUUGCCACCGUGUAUGUUUCCGCUGAUGCUUUGGACAAGGGGAAGAAGGCUGCUGUGGAGCAUGGUGACAACCCAGGGAAGAGAACCAAGGAAGAACCACGCACCUGCCCCUCUCCGUACGCAAAGUGGACCGCCAUGGCCAUCGGCCUCUCCACCAUUCCCUUCAUCAUCCACCCUAUCGACAGGGGAGUGGACUUCCUAUUGGACUCCAGCCGGCGUACGGUCAGUCUAUAGGAAAGAAGCACGACUAAAAGGACCACAUCCAUCCUGUAGCCAGCUGUAGCCAGCUUGAAGCCUCUGCUGAUCACUCUACUAACGUCACUGUGAAGCCAACACAGCAGGGUUACUCAACUCCAGUCCUCCAGAGUCCACAGUUGUCUAUGCCCCUCUCUUUCAACCCUAUUGUCAUCUUUUUAUUUUCAACUCCCACGUUAGGGGGACUUAGGACUCCUCGGCCCGUUAAUUACAUUGUAUCAGGGAGAAUAGAGAUCCAGUAGACAGUGUUGCCCUCCAGGACUGGAGUUGAAUACCCCAGGCUGCUACUGGCCUGCAGUGCCCACCUGUUCAUGUUCAGACCUCCACUUGGCGUGUAUCCAGGUAGCUCUUGCUGUUAGCCAUAUUCAGGAAACAUUCGGGUCAUCAUACCUGGCAUUGAGGACCUAUUUUCAUUACAAGUAAACAUUUAUAUUAGUUUUUUUGUUUAUUACAGAAAGAAUGACAAUGCACAGUUGUCUGUCACUUUGAAUAAAGCUUGACAGAGUAUAGUGUGAUGCACUUUUCAAUGUUCAGUCUUGAGAUUAACCUCAGAGCUUUUUUGCCCCUUGCCAUUCAACACUGAGUUGAACGGAAUAUAUGUUAAGUUUUUGUAAGCACUAAAGAUUCAGUUCCUUUGGUGACAUUUUAAGGUAUAGAAAGUAUUGUAAUAAUUGUGUAACAUGGCCUAUGCAGAAAGCGUAUGAAAAUAUUAUGCAUAAAAUACAUGUCAUUAUUGCCAAGGCUACCCAUCAGUAUACAUUGCUGUGCUGCACUAUGCAACAAAACCAAGUCAUUUUACACAAAAAUGGGAAUUGCGAUUAGAAUGUGUAAGUGAAUGUGACAUACUGGGAAAUAUUGCCAAUUGUUCAUACACCAGAACUAACAUUCAGCAAUAAUUGUUAUUUAAAUGUUGUUAUAAGUCCAUUUCUGUAUUUGUUAUAUAUUGUUUAAUUCUUAGUGAAUGUGAAAAAGCCAAAGGCACCAAAAGUCGACAGCUUUGUGAUAGUUUGAACGUUUCCUCUUUCAGAUCAUUUGUUUGUCCACAUAGUCACAAAAUCAAAUGUCAUACUGUAUUUCAAUGUCUUUUUUUAACGUAUUUGUUUUCAUGCUGGAAUGUUUUUAUUUCCAAUGUUUUAGCCUCAAUAUUCAAAUAUGUUUUCAAACCAGCUACUGAACACAUUUGACAUUUUCUUUAGUAUGAAAAAAGUUCAAACACAUUUUAUCAUUGAAACUGAAAGAUAUACUGUAAUGUGCCACUAUCUAGUUAUUCCCCUAUUUUGCAACUGUUUUUAAAUAUACUCUAGAAAAACAACAUAUCCUAUAUUGUAUAAAUGAAUGAAUCAAUAAUGUUGCCUUAUUUCUUUCCUCAAGCAUUGGUAUGUGCAAACAAUGUUCUACAUAUUUUAACAGUUUAUAAGCGAGAAUAAGAAUCUUUGUUUUAAUGAAUGGGCAACCCUUCAUACACAGCCAAAACAUUAUUGCAGAGAGUAAUUUAACUUUCAAAAAUCCAUAUCACAGUUUAACAUUCCUUUUAUGCUGCAGUGUCAGAAAAAAAAGAGUAACUAUGGAUGUGUUAUGACAACACACUUACUGGCAACAUGUAGCACAGAACUG